AUGUCUCGUGUCAAUACUGACGGCGCAACGCCUACAAACCCGCUGGGAUUUAUGCAGCGGCUGAGCCCGUCGGUCACGUACUAUGAACCGACGACAAGCACGAUAGCACAGGGGAGCCGCAAUGCGCAAGCCGACCCCGAGCUCAUCCUGCUGUCGACAUGGAUGGGCGCCAGAGAAAACCACAUCGCCAAAUACGUCCAGGGUUACCGUGUCACUUUCCCGACAUCUCGUAUUCUCGUCGCCCAAUGCCCAUUCACGCAUGUUGUGCUGCCAUUCCUGGCAUGGACGCAAAUCCGCCCCGCGGUGCCCAUCUUGAAGGAAGUUGUCGAUUCCGAAUCCAGACAGGCAAGCAAGGACGAUGCUAGCAGCGUAUUGACCGGAACCUCGACGGCACCGCGAGUGCUCAUCCAUGCAUUCUCGAAUGGCGGCGUCAGCACGACACUGUUCCUCUACAAUGCUCUCAAGCGCUCGCUUGGCGGGACGUUCACUUUGCCGCAGCAUGUCUUCAUCUUUGAUUCCUGUCCUGGAACCUUUCGUUGGCGCAACACGGCCAGGGCCAUCAUGAAGAUUCUGCCGCGCUGGUCCUCGCCCGCCGUGCACGCCGUGCUCUUCUCCGUCUGGCUCUUUUAUCGCAUCGUGCCGGUGUUGCAGCCUCGACAAAACGUCAAUUCGCGAACGAUACGAAAUCCUCGAUUCCAAGAAUUCGAAGUCCGCCGCACGUAUUUAUACGGUACUGAGGACCACAUGAUUCCGCCCACCGAUGUCGAAUACGAGGCAGGGUUGGCGGCGGAGGCCGGUUUCAACGUGCGCCUGGAACGCUUCGAGGACGCCACGCAUGUUGCCAUACCCAUGCUACACCCUGAGCGGUACUGGCGUGUUGUCAAAGAAUCCUGGCACGGGGAAGAGCCGGCUGGUCUGGCUAGCGUUGUCGUCGGAGGCGCCGGCGGAGACUCUGGCAAUCUUAGGGCCGAAAUCAGCUCAGAGACGGUCACCAGGGAAAUCACUCUUGUCGACCAGGAAAAGCCAAUCUCUGAAGAGGCAGGCAUCUUGGCAGAGGAUAUCAAGAGUGAUGGGAGGGAUGCCGUUCAGGCUGUUGAAAACACAGCUCACGAGGUAUCAAAGAGCGCCCAAUCUGUGGCAGAGAAUGCCGCAACCAAGGUAGAAGAGGCCAAACAGCAGUCCCGGGAUGUCGCUGAGAAGGCACAGUCCAAGGUUGGAGAGUCAAAGGCCGAUGCACAUACUGCGAUUGAACAGGGCCAGGCCAAGCUGAAGCAGCUCAAAGCCAACGCAGCCGGCGCCGCCAAGGAAAUUCAAAUCAAGGCCAACAGAAAGAGUCUGAGCAAGGAGACCAACACUUUUGUCGAGGAACUCAAAGCAGACGCUGCGAAUGCGUUGGAGAAAGCCAAGGACGUGCCGGCAAAGGAAUCCGAGAAGAGUGCCGUCCCGUCGGUCCCUGUUUCGGCAAAGAAGCCCAAGGAGGCUGCAAAAGCCAAGGACAAGUACGCCGAGCGUCCCAAGACGCCAGAGACCAGCACGGCGCUGCAGGCUGCCAUUGCGGCGGCCUCGUCGAGCCCCGAGGCUACCAAGGCAAGCAGCCCCCGGUCCCACGGCCGUAGUGCCAGUGGAGGCGCCAGCGGCGUACAGGAGCUCGCGGCGCGGUUUGGCGGCAAGAUGGACAAGGGCACUGCCAAGCUUCCCAAGGCCAAGGCCUCGCAGGCGGAUCAUACCAAGGCCGACGAGGCUGUGGUGGUUGCGAAGUCGGCAGAGCAGCCGCCAUCUGAGAAGCAGACAUCUGAGAAGAUAUCAGCCGAGGAGAAGCCAGCCGAGCACAAGGUCGCGGUCGAGGACACGGCAAAAGUUGAGCAGCCAAAGCCCGCCAGCAACAACAAGCCGAAAAAGUCCAAGAAGAAUGGCAAGAAGUAA